AUGUACUCUAUAAGCAUGAAGAAGAUGAACAACAAUGUCAACGAAGACAUGUUGAGUUCACUUCCAGACGACAUGCUGACCAAAAUACUCUCUUGCCUCCUUAUCAAUUCCGCGGCUUCCACCUCCGUCCUAUCCACCAGUUGGCGUCACCUCUGGACCGGCGUCACCAACUUUGUCGUGUUGUCCGAAACCGGCAAACACCACGACGACGACGACGACAUCCUUUUUUUACAAAAGCUUAUAAAGCUGUCCUCUUUGAAACUGCACAACUUUCGUAUUAAAUUGAAAUCUCAAACUAAUUUUUCGAACCCAAAUAUAAGAGAUCAAGAGUCAUGCUUCCGUGAAGUUUGCCGUCGAGAUGUGGAGAAUAUCGAUAUCUUAUGGCCACCAAGUGCGAUAAAUAAACGUUUUCUUUUGGUGCCAGACUUUGUGUUUAAAACCAAAUCUCUGGUAAGUUUAACUUUGGGUUGCAUGCAUAUUAUGUUUGAUAUGCCUGAAAACGUAGUUAUUCAACUUCCUAAUUUGAAGAAGCUUUAUUUGCGCUAUCUUACAGAAAUCCCUCCUUGGUUAGAAACCCUAUGUAAGUGUAGCCCUUUGUUGGAAGUUUUAGAUUUAGAGUUUAAAUUACAAGACAUUGAGCCUCGUAUUGCGAAUAUAUUUGCUGCCAAUUUGAAGUCAUUGAAGAUAGAGAUUCAUUAUUACGUAAGUCAGACACAUCGCAACAAAAUCUUGAUUGAUGCACCCAAAUUGGAAUACCUGACUAUAAUUGAUAGCUCUUCAUGUUAUUACUUGACCCAAAUUCCAACUACAUUACUAGAAUCAUCACUUGAUUUGACCAUAACUAUGAGGGAAACUGCAUUGGUAGGAGAUUAUGCUUAUUGUCGAGACAUGGCCAAGUUUGUUCGAAGAAUGUGUAAUGUUAGUAACAAACUUCACUUAACAGUAGAGAGAAACUCGAAUAUAAUGGGUUACCUUUCUAAUGGUGAAGUAAAUCAUGGACUUAAGUUUGGUAAUUUAGCCAGUCUUAUAUUGAGUUUGGGAAAGAUUGAUCUGAUUGGGUGGAAGAAUUUGUUACUUUCUUUGCAAUGUUUUCCCAAGUUAGAGAAUCUUUUGGUGCUGCAUUAUAGGCCUAUGAUUUGGUAUCCACCAAGUGAUGAACCAGCAGAUUGUUUGGUGAAUAAACUCAAGAGAAUAACAAUAUUUGGAUUGUUUAGGAAAACUCGUGAUCUUGAAUUGAUAGCUUACAUUCUGAGUAAUGCAACUGUUUUAGAAGAGCUUCACAUAGAAGUUCCUUUCUGCUUCUAUGAAUAUAAAAAAGAUCGACUAAGUUCGAAUGAUCUUUGUAAGUCGUUGUUCGAACUUCCAAGGGCCUCUUCAAGUUGUGUGAUUUGGUUUACAAAUGAGGAUAUGGCAGCAUCAAGUCAUGACUACAAAGAUGGGAUUCUUCGGAAACAACGUAUGGCUUUAGAGUUAUGA